GUCCAAGUUAUGAGCUCCUCGCGUUUUAAGGCACUUUUACUGGACAUUUCCAGAGAGCUUACCGCGGAACAGCUCGAAUGUAUCAAGUAUCUGUGUGAGCACAAGGUUGGACGAAGGGUGUCGGAAACGAUCGACAGCGGAUUCAGACUUUUCCAAUGUUUGAUCGAGAGAGGUGAACUCGAUCAAGAAAAUCGAGAGACGCUGUCGGAGCUUCUCAAACAAAUUCAUAGACAGGAUUUGUCGGACAAGUUGAACAGCUUCCAGUCACCACCGCACGAAUGUGCCUUGACCCAGCCAAGUGAACACGAGAGAGCCAAGCUGGACAUUGCCACAAAUGUGAUUGCUGAAAACCUGGGUCGGAACUGGCGGAGAUUAGGACGACAGCUGGGCCUGAGCGAAAGUAAACUGGAUUCCGUCUCGACGAGACAUCCGAACGAUUUGGAUGAGACUGCCAGAGAGCUGCUGAAGGAAUGGCGCAAGAGUCGUGGAUCCGAGGUCUGCGCUAAUGACUUAAUUAGGGCUCUCAGGGCAUGCCACCAAAAUCUCACUGCUGAUAAAGUGGAGGAUGCCUGGAUGAUACCUCAAUAG